AUGGGCGUCGCCAAGUCUGAUCCGAUUAUCAUUGUUGGCGGUGGAGCCUUUGGAUUAUCCACUGCUUUGCAUCUGACUCGAUCUGGUUUUACGAACAUCUCGGUUUACGAGAAAGAUGAUCACAUUCCUCCUCGUUACUCAGCGGCCAAUGAUCUGAACAAGAUUGUUCGCGCCGAGUAUGAGGAUCCUUUCUAUACGGAUCUGACAAAGAAAGCCAUUGCAGAAUGGAAGACCCCUCUUUUUGCUCCCUUCUUCCACCAGACCGGAUUCUUGCAUUGCGUAUCUGGUGACGCCUCCCAAAAAGCCAUCGACACUCUCGCAAGAUUCCGAGCUUCAGCGGAAAAAGAUGCUCAGAUCAAGCCUCACGUGGUGCCCCUCGAUAAUUUGGAUGAUGUGCGCCAGGCCUGCUGGCAGCUCGAUGGUCCUCUGACCGGCUGGAACGGAUACCUGAACCGCUACGACGGAUACGCUCAUUCCGGCGAUGCCCUCGCAGCAGUAUACCGAGCUGCACAAGCAGCCGGAGUCCGCUUCUUCCUCGGCGAGAACGGCGCAGUCGACGAAGUUGUCUACGUGAGCACACUUCAAGGCCGGAAGAGCUCCGGAAUCCGCACCAAGGAUGGCAAAUUCCACCCCUCGUCUCUAGUCAUCGUCGCUGCUGGAGGUGCCGUCGGUCGUCUUGUCCCUGAGCUAGGCAAGAAGGUCGUCGCCAAGUCCUGGUCUGUUGCGCAUGUCCAACUUACCGACGAAGAAACUUCUGCGCUGCGUGGUAUCCCUAUUACCUACGCCCGUGAUCUGGGUUUCCUAUUUGAGCCCGAUCCCAAGACCAACCUCUUGAAGAUCUGUCCUAUGGGUGGUGGUUUCGUCAACACGGACCCAAAGACUGGUAUCUCAUAUGCCCCUGACAAUUUGGAGGAAAGUGCGUUCGUGCCGGAAAAUGAUGAGAAGCAGAUGAGGAAACUUCUGGCACAUACUUUCCCUGCACUGGCGAACCGUCCUCUUGUUAAGAGGUCUCUUUGCUGGUUUGCUGAUACGGAUGACUCGGACUUUAUCAUUGAUUAUAUUCCUGGGACUUCAGACUCUGUUGUUGUGCUUUCUGGUGAUUCGGGACAUGGCUUUAAGAUGUUCCCGAUCUUUGGAUCAUGGGUUUCAGAUUUCCUGGCACAUAGCCAACAGCGCAAUUCCAGAUGGCGGUGGAAGCAGUCUGAUCCCAAUGAAGGGAAAGGAAACUGGGGUGGUGAUGUGAGUUGGCGACUUGGAGAGUCAAAAGAGCUCUCUGAGAUCCGGCCGAAGGUCUUGUCUAAGCUUUAG